AUGAAACGUGCCUCCUCAUCCGCAGACAUCGGUCUAUACUCCUUUGAAGCCACCAUCCUGACCCAAUUAAACCUCUGCGUCAGUCUUAUGACUGCCUGCAUUCCAUGCUUGAAGCCAUUCCUCGACGCCUUCGACAGCGGAAUGCUCAAGGUGUCGAUGCUGAAACGCGCCACCGGGAAUAACAGCAACUCAUAUGGCAAUUCAUAUGCGUUGGGAAGUAUGGGUCGAGGAGUGAAAGAGUCUGUGACGCGGUCUCGGUAUCUGGAAGAUGAACAGGUGCUGGGAACCGCAGCUGCCGCUUUUGCGGUCACGGCUCCUGGAAGGCCAUUGGAGAACAACUCUCUCAGAAUUCAUAGGACAGAUGAGUGGACCGUUCAGUCUGAGAAUGGUAAAACCCCUUCGGUUGACGAGAAUGAGGCCUCGUCGAACGGGAGUGGAAGCCGAUAUGGUCAUCAUGCAUUGUGA